AUGGCACGUUCUCCGCAUUCCACAUCAGCAUCGAACUGGGCCUUCCAUGCAGAAUCCGCAGACAGGGACAGUCGGAGCCCGUUCACGGCGCCAAUCGCGGCGACUGUUGCGCCGGUUGCGGCGUACAGCACGCACGAGGCGUUCGCGUUUACCGUUGACAUGCGCGGGGAAGGGGCGGCAGGAGUUGGGCCAGCAGGAGGGGGUGCAGAUUCAGCUAAUAGGCUGGAGCAGGUAUGGGCAGCGGGCGAUGGCGAGGGCAAUGCCGAGAGGGGCGAGCGUGGGGAGAGGGGCGAGCCCCCUUCACACCGCCCUCCUGGCACCGCUCGAGUCCCCCGAGCUGAGGGCCAUUCUGCACAAAUCCGCUUCCAUGCUGCGAUUCGAGUCCAUUCGCCCGCCGCCGCAAGGGCUCCGCCCCUCCAAUCCGCCCGCGUGGCACCUCUAGAAUCCCCCGAGCUGAGGGCCAUUCUGCACAAGUCCGCCUCCAUGCUGCGCUUCGAGUCCAUCCGCCGCCGCAAAGGGUCUGGUUCCGACGACUCCCUCGCCUCGCAACAGCACUUGCUGCCGCCCGGGGCGGCCGGCAGCGUUGGGAGUGGGCGGCGUAGUUUGUCCCGGGCCGACAGUGGCGGGAGUGCGGGGAGCUUUGGCAGUGCGGGCGGGGGAGGGGGGAGUGGGAGUAACAGCUUGAAUGUGACUCCGGAGAGCAGCUUUCACCGCGGGGACAUGUACAGCGGCAGUAUGUUCGAGGCCAUCUCAGAGGUGCCGCCAUCGAGCGAGGCGGCAGGGGAGGGCGAGGGGGGCGAGGGCGGGCCAGAUUCGGUGUAUCUGUCGGACUGGGUGAUCAACCCACAGGCAUCGCUGUACCAGCAGUUCCAGGCGGCGCUGCUGCUGCUCGCCAUCCUCAUCGGCAUCGUUGAGCCCUUCAACGUGGCGUUCCUCGACACAGAGAAUGUGUUCACGCCAGUCAACCCCACCUCGUCCCUCUUCGCCCCCCCCUCACCACCCCUCGACCUCCUUCCCCCCUUUUCGUCCUCCUUCGCUUCGUCCCCCUUGCCUCUUCUCGCCCCCUGCCCCUUCUCGCCCCUUGCCCCUUCUCGCCCCUUGCCCCUUCUCGUCCCUUGCCCCUUCUCGCCCCUUCUUGCCCCGCAGGUGUUUCUGAGCGACGUGCUGCUCAGCUUCUUCGUGCCCGAGUACCUACGGGGCAUGUUCUGGUACGACAUGCUAGCAGCGCUGCCAUGGGAUCUGGUGCUCAAGGGCGUGUAUCAGCCCACCGGCACCGCUGCUGUCGCCCUCUCCGCCUUUGGCCUGCUGCGACUGCUGCGCCUCAUCCGCCUCUGGAACGUGCUGUGGGACAUGGCAGUGGACGUGCGGUACGACUACAUCUCCACCAGUGUGCACAAGUUCGCCCUCCUCAUCCUCUUCGCCGCCCACUGGUCCGCCUGUGUCUUCUUCCUCCUCGCGCGCGUGCGCAACUUCAGCGAGGACACGUGGGUGGGGCACUGCGAGCCCGACCUGCCUCUGCGCCCUCCACUCGACGCCUAUGUCACAUCCAUCUACUGGUGCGCUGCUAUCUGUUCCCCGGUUCACCCCAACCUCAGUAAUUGA